AGCUUCCUCCGGGCAGGUGCCGCACGUCCGCCGUUCGAACCGUGUCGGGCAGCCCGACCCGCUCUUUCCCAGCGAGAAUACCCUCCGGGGAGGACACCGUGGAAGACGUCGAGCAACGGAGGUAGACGCGGGGGCGCGCACGACCCCCCGCAGACCCGAGGGUUUCUUCGCGGCGUAGCCGUUCGGUGUGUUGCUUCCCGGUGCACGAGUUCGCGUUAACGAUCGAGGAAGCGCGGUGUACUGCGAGUGUCGCAGCGCCGUGUGGACCUACCGCCCGCUGCAGUCGGUGAUCGUCGGCGGAGCGGACCGGCCCGGAGAGAAAAAGGGGGAUGAUAUCGUCGGGUGCGCGCGCGAUAUAGUGUCGAAUCACCCUCGGCCGAGGGAGACCGUUUCUCGAAGGAAGCGAACACGGUGGCUCGCGAAACUCCAGAGCACCGGAAACGAGCACCGCCUCGGCGAACUUCGAACUUGGACGAAUUGAUUGAGCGUAACCCGGCGAGGAGCUAUCAACCAGGCGAAACGACUAACGCGCUCCUGGCAAACGGAGUGUGUCCCCGCGCGCGGCACGCCAUAUUGGAUCCUCGGAUCACACAGCCGGAUCACUGAUCGUUACGCACCGAACUUUCCCCAAAGAAAUUAUCUGUCCGAAGUCGAAAGUUACCAAGUGAAAUAAAACGAACAGACGCAUCGCUGCCGGUGUCGAGCACAACUUUGUAUCGUCUCCGUGAACUUCGCUUUCACGCGGCGAAGCGUUGCCGGCCGUUUCAUCGAUCAAUUAGAGCCACCGAAACGCACCGGCGAGAGCCAAUCGGGUAGUCUGCGGAGAAGCGGCGCGUUUAAGAACCGAAGUUCCGUGAUCCUUCGUCGAGCAUUCAACGGUGCCGAGCUCGGGAGCCUAUCCUUUAUCAACAGACGAGCUUAAACCAAUCCCCUAACCCCGCGAAGCUUUAUGGAUCAAGUUCCUGCGUACCUCAAAUAAAGAAGGGAGUCGAAAGGACUGCCGAGAGAUUCGAACUCGUACGUUCGCUGGAAAUAGGUCGUUGCCGAUGAAAACCAGUCAAGAUCGGAUCUAGUAUCGAACGAUCGGUACUCCGCCGCGAACUUUUCUCCGCGACUCGACGGUACAGCGAUGUAAGAAAGGGAAGCGAAGAAUAAUUCGAUCAACGAUUCGAUUUGAUGGCACAACGAUGGAAGAGACUUUGACAAGUUUCUCGAGAGACAGAUUUCCUAUGAGUCCCGUGAUCUACCCGCAAAGCUCGCAGCUGUGAUCUCAACGUUCAUAUCCGAUGAAAUAUUUCAGAUAGAAGACUACUAAGAAAGAUCGUUGUUAUCGGUCUCUUCCAUACGCUAAGUACUCACUUCAGGAAACUGUUUUAAUAGAUCUACCUUUUUACACGAGUGUUCGAUGAGUAUUUCGAAUAAGGAGAUAUUUGUGGGUUAAUAUGUUCCAUUCGAUAUCUCUUUGAAUCUUCAAUAAAUGUUUGAACUAAGAACCAAGAUAUUUACGGAGAAGUAUAACAAGAACCAAGAUAAUUAUCCUAACACUGGCAAGAUCUCGUGAAUAAAUGUGUUACCUCGUCUAAAUGCCAGUAAUUGACGCUACGAAGAGAUUUCUAAAUAAUUGAAAGAUCGGAAGGAAGAUCGGUAUAGAUAGUAUAAAGUAAAUUCUUUUUCACUGUUGCUGGGAUGCCCCCAUGACAAGAGGGAGGCUCGUGGUGAUGUCUUGUUGCUGCUGGUGCUGCGACGGCCUUGGCGGUGCCGGUUCCUCAAGUGCUGGUGCUGGGGGUGUUGUUACUGGUGCGUCCGGUGGCAGUGUCGUUGUCGGCGGUGACGCCAAUAACACAGGCAGUGGUGGUCUCGGUAUCGCGUCCGGUCUGUCCGCGAUGCUGUCGCUGGUUGUCGUCACCGUGGCGAUCAGCACCGGUGAGUGGCUCCUGACCGAAGAGAAACUGCCGAAAACUUCUACGAACACUUCCGCGGAGCCUGACAGUAAAGUUACCUACAGUGGAUUGUGGAGGGUCUGCGUUGCGAUAAGCUCCCGCAUGGAAUACGAGUGCUCGAGUAUCGACUAUUUUCCAAACGAGGAGUACAGUCCGGACCCGAGCGAUUCAACCAUGGCAAUACCAUGUGAGUACCAUGUUACCAAGUCGGCGAUGUUCUUCUUCGCGGCGACGUCGCUGCUGGUGGUGGCUGAAGUUUGUUACUUCACUGCUCACGUUACUCACCCGCGACACAGGCUCUGCGUCUUUGUCGCCGGCGUGGUCUUCAUAGUUUCCGGUUUGUUAAUGCUGGUGGGAAUGGUGAUGUACAUAUCUGUGUUCAAAGCUGAAGUUGGUAGUAAACUUAGACCAAGGUCGUCGUUUCAGGGACCACCCUUUACCUACAGGUACGGAUUCUCAUUUUUGCUGUACGUGAGUGGCUUCAUCACGACCGAGAUCGCUGGCACUUACGCCAUUUUCUUGUAUAUUUCUUGGCACCAGAGAGAACUGGUACGAAGAGACUCCAGGAGGAAAAAUUACGGGGGUGUGUACCACUUAGACAAUCACCACGUGCAUCACUCGAAUCACUCGACCAUUGGUCACAGUGGAUUCCUCUGCGAGAGGCACCAGAAAAGAUAUUUCUUCAGCAGGGACUCGGUGGAUCACGUCGACUUUGACGAAUUCUUGCCACCUCCGCCGAAUUUGGACUAUCAUGACUAUACUAGACAAUUUCCUAGAGACCUCACCACUCAAACGGUCAGCACGACGGCUGACGUUCUACAGGAGGAGGAAGAGGAAUAUAGCCCAAGUGUUCAACAUGAAUUCGUAACUUUUGAUCUUGACGGACCGCUGCCGCCACCCCCACCAGUUAGGGGUAGCGAAUGGGCCUUCGACACACUGAGGAAGACGACUCCCGUCUGAUAUACCGUUAGAUACGCGCGGCUGGUGCAAAGCGUCGAGAGCGACGAGGAGGACGAGGCGGAAACCGAGGAGGACCAUGACAUAGCCGGCGAUUAAAUAGACCGACUCUCUUUUUAAUGAGACCUUGGCUACGCGAUCACAAAUAUUUCAUCGCGCCCCGGCGUCCCUCGCUCUCCCGGAGGACUGCAGGAACGCGUGAAAGGAAACUUUUGAAACGGAGCCAGCGGAGAUCGAUCGCCGGAUUAUCGAAUCUCGGCUUUUAAUAAACCGGAUCGCGUCGCGCGGUCCCCGUAGAAACUGUUUCGCGGAAUAUCAUUCCGUUCCGACCCCCUCCGAGGAACGUGAAAAGCAAGUGGACAGACCAGACACUAAUUGCUCCAUUCAGCCAAUGUGAAGUGCGGCGAAUUCAUUCGACAGGGACGUUUUUCUCUUUUUCACGCGUUAAUUAUCCAGAGGAACACCAAAGACACUUCCUGAGUUCCGACGGUCCAGAUCGAACACGUGUUAAUCUUUUAAACGAUGGACAGAUUUCUACUGCCAAUCUCUAUCGGAGUUUGUACGGGAGAAACUAUUGUUUCGUUGAUGCACCCCUUCGAUGUGAAAGACGCGGAGGACAGUUACUCGAUUGUGAAGUUUCUAGUGUGUAAGGGAUAUUGAUUUGAUUACUUGCAGAUGAAGAUGAUACUUUUCGGGAUCGGAGGAUUCCUGAUUGUCGAAUUUGUUUGUAUUUGUCGACGAGGUAGCUGGAAGUUCCGAGAGAUUUCCAUGGUGAAUCUACGGGAGAAAUCGAGACUGCGAAUCGAUUGAUAACUGCGUGAACACCGAUGUAUUUGUUGUAAAUAAUUAUCGUGCGAAUUACAUUUUAAUCUUAAUUCCAUGGACAUCGAUACUCUGAUUCUUCGAUAACCAUUUGCUUUAAUAUAAUUGUACAUAAUGGAUAAUCGUACUCGAUAUUCAUUUUUCAAGAUAAAUUUAUCAAGGUAAAUUUAUCAAGGUAAUCGAACAGUUUGAUUUCAUUCGAGUUACUUAUAGAAUUCGGAUUAAAAUGAUCGUGAACCUUUAUCAAAGACUGCGCUGUUGGCAGAUGUCAAGUUAUCCCGUUCGCAAUAAACGUCUUGUUAUCACUGAUUACUCGUGGGGCAAGCGAAGGGACAAAUUGUCGCGAGAAGAGGGAAUUGCCCGAUGAUUCGUGAACUAUGUAGAAUAUGAUCUAUUGUAUAACUGUAUCAUGAACGUGUUCAUAGUCGAAGCUGUUCAAGCGAGAUUUUAUCGUAUUCGGUGUACAGAAAGCAUGAAAGAUACCAAUGUUAUAUAUGAGAAUUUUUAACAGGAAUAAAAUAGUCGAUAAGAUUUUUUACUGUAGUCAAUUUUCCACUGACGGUUCGCGAGUCAGACUUCGCUGGGCUGGCUCACCGAUCGAAGAUAAAUGAAAGUUAUUACGACGGUCGAUCGAUCGUCGAUCAAUCUGACGGUAAAGCAGAGACGUUUCAUUGAAAGUCUGAUUAAGAGUCGUGUACAUAAAAGCCUGGGAAUCUUCGUUACUAAUUUUUCAAACAGAAAAGGAUCGUAUUGAUCUUACUUUUACUCUCGUGUUGAACAUUGUUACGAAUUUUUUACUCUAGCAACCGUGCGGCUCGUUCAAGGGAAACAUUUUUUGUGACAAUAUAUACACGUAUACAUAUGCGAUCUACGGCAUUCGCGCGAAACGCCAUUCUCGAGACUCCGUAUUGAUCUAUUUACGUUUAAGAUGUGCACUUCGAUAUGUAUUUCGCUGAUCAUGAGAAAAAAGAACGAUAAAACCUUUUGUUAUAAAUAUAUUAUAUUUUUAUCGUUGCGUGUAUCGUUGUAUGUGCCAAAGUUUAAAGUUACAAUACACCUUUCCCGAUUUUAUCUUCCGAAUUUUUGAACGCUUGACGUGUCCUACAUUCGCGACGCGCAGAACAAAUCGAUUUAUCGAUAAUAUUGCAGCACAGCAAUUGAAAUGUUUAAUUGGACGUCACUGAAAAUGCCUGUAAAUAAAUGCGAUCACUGCGAUGGAAUUUAUCGUGAAAUAUGCGACGAGAAAGUUUGUUUUGUAUUAUAUACAUAUACAUAUAAAUAUAAAUAUACAUAUAUAUAUUUGUAACGCUCAAAAUUGUAAUAAUAAUGCACCAGGAGGUGUGUAGUAGUGGACUCGGAAAAUGAUGAGUAUAAUAUUCAGCCUCGGGCUAG